CCGCCAAAAAAAGCAGCUGGUCUUCGUUCUUACUCUUUUAACACACUCGUUUUCGUCUCUUGUCCGAAAGCUCGAAAAAGCUACAUAACUACCCCCACAAGCUCUAUUAUUUCUCCAUAAUCUGAUCUCUUUUACCUCAUGGAGAAGAAGCACAGCCCUUCAGGACUGCCGUUCUUGCACUCCGAUGACUUUCUCCGCCGGAGCGCCUCCAAGUCCAUUCGAACCCUCGAUGAUGAUGGUUCUGGCGAUCAUGUUAAGCCACACAUCAAGGAAAUGGAUCUCUUUCCUACUAAUAACCGAUCACUUUCUUCUUCUUCUUUUGAUGUAAACAAUGGAUUGAAUCUUCUGAGUUCAACCCAAGGAGUUUCAAGGACUAGUACUGAAAAGAAACCAAACACUGAAAUGAGUGUUCUUAAAUUUGAGUUAGAAAGGCUACACGAAGAGAAUCGCAGACUGAGAAGCAUGGUGGAUCAGAUUACGAGAAACUACAAUGAACUACUAGGUCAACUAUUCAUGGUGGUGCAAACGCAAGCGCUUGCGAAUAAUAACCAACAGCUGAAGGAUGGGGGAGUAAAUGGCAUGUCAACUCCGAUAGUGCCAGUCCAACAGUUAGUGGACCCACGACCACCGUCAUAUGGCUACAAAAGGCGAGAAUUGUCGGCGUCGUCCCCGGCAAACAACAGGAUGGAAGCGGUGUCGACAGAAGGCGACAGUCGGACGGUUCAGGUUCAAGGCAAGCGCUUGUCUGUCGUCGAGGAUGGCAUCGAUGAAAAAUCUGAUCAGAGGUGGGGUUCGAUGGCGGAUGAUCAGUCAAAGAACGAAGAGCAAGUGUCGGAAGUAGCUUUGAGGAAGGCCAGAGUGUCGGUUAGAGCAAUAUCGGAGGUUCCCAUGAUAAGCGAUGGGUGUCAAUGGAGGAAAUAUGGUCAAAAGAUGGCCAAGGGGAACCCUUGCCCACGCGCCUACUACCGUUGCACCAUGGCUGUUGGCUGCCCAGUUCGUAAGCAGGUGCAAAGAUGUGCAGAAGAUAAAAGCAUUCUAAUAACAACAUACGAAGCAACCCAUAAUCACCCUCUACCGCCGGCAGCCACAGCAAUGGCGAAAACAACCUCAGCAGCGGCGGCCAUGUUGCUAUCAGGUUCAACCACAAGCAAGGAUGGAGGAGUACCACCAAGUUCCAGCUACUCUUUACCCUACGCAUCCACAAUGGCCACACAAUCCGCCUCCCCUCCUUUUCCGACCAUAACGCUUGACUUAACUCAGGGCCCAAACCCCGUUCAUUACAUCGCCCGUCCCCCGCCUUUUCCAUCACCUUUGCAUGACGGUUACCCUAUGUCUGCUCCCGACAAGCCAUCUCCGUUGCCGGAAAUGCAGAUGGUGCAACAACAACAACGUACUGCUUCCAUGGUCGAAACUGUUAAGGCCGCCAUAGCUUCCAAUCCGAAUUUCACCGCAGCCUUAGCCGCUGCUAUUUCGACAAUCGUGGGAGCACCACCGACACAGACCAACGAUGGAAUCAGUGCUACUAUCAAUGGUGGGGUACCUGGUCUUCCGGAAUCACCGCAGCUCCCUCAGUCUUGCACCACUUUCUCCACCAACUAGCCAUUGGGUGAUGAAAUUUUGAUGUCUUCGUAUUGACCAGUAAUAUUAUACGAACAUAUGAGUAGAAUAUACCCAGCAAGAACACCUUGGGCUAAUACCAGCACAUA